GCACAGGCGCACUGAGUGCCCAACUGCCAUUUUGUGGCAGAAGCUACUCCGCUAAAGCGGGAUUAAAACAAACUGCGAACAAGCCCGCUUUAGUCGGCAGCCAGGCCAACUUUGUAGAGCGGACUGCGCUCUUUCGGACCACUUAAACCGGACGACGAACAGUCUCGGAAGAGUACCUGCCCAGCAUGGACGGGGGGCCAACAGAGGUCGUCAGUGUGGUGGAGGGACCCUCCAUCCAGGCUGUUCACACCCAAGAAGUCAUGGUUGCUGACCUCCUCCAGCAAGCUGCAGAGGCUGGUGGCAUGGUUGAGGGCCAAACUGCAGUCCUCUUGGAACAAGGUCAUGCUGAAGGAAUGGUCACAGCCAGCCAGACCCAGCAGCAGUUACUGGAAGGUGGAGGAGGAGUUGAAAUGAUGGUCAUGGAGUCACUGGAUCCGACUCUGCUCCAGAUGAAGACUGAGGAACAGUCACUGGUGAUUGAUGGUACAGUCGGUGGAACUGCAACCACGGUGGGGGUGGUUGGGGCGAUACCAGGAACCGCUCACCAAACAACUGUAACCACCAUGGACCAGACCCAAAUCAUCACACUUCAGGUAGUAAACAUGGAGGAACAGGCCGCUCUGGGUUUAGGAGAGCUUCAGUUGGUCCAGGUGCCGGUUUCAGCCACGACUGUGGAGGGCACCUUCGUGAGCACUGCUGGCAUGUCAAAGGACGGCGAACCCGUUAUCUGCCACACACUGCCACUGCCCGAGGGCUUUCAGGUCGUUAAGGUUGGUGCUAACGGGGAGGUGGAGACAGUGGAGCAGGAGGAGGAUGAAGAUGGAGGACAGCCCCAUCCUGUUGAAGAUGACCUCCAGGAGCACCAGCUAUUGCAAGAGGUGGACCAGGAACCCGUUCAGCCCCAGAGCAAUGAGCAUACCUGGACUAAAGAUCCGGAUUAUCAGCCCCCACCUGGAGCUGUCAGGAAGACCAAAAAGGGUAAAAAGAGUCGCCUGCGUUAUGCCGAAGGCGAUAAGGACAUGGACGUCAGCGUGUACGAUUUUGAGGAAGAACAGCAGGAGGGUCUUCUGUCUGAAGUCAACGCUGAGAAAGUGGUGGGCAACAUGAAGCCUCCAAAACCCACCAAGAUUAAGAAGAAAGGAGUGAAGAAGACGUUUCAGUGCGAGCUCUGUUGCUACACAUGUCCUCGACGCUCCAACCUGGACAGGCACAUGAAGAGCCACACCGACGAGAGACCGCACAAGUGUCACCUGUGCGGCCGAGCCUUCAGGACCGUGACCCUGCUGAGAAACCACCUCAACACUCACACCGGAACUCGACCGCACAAGUGUUCCGACUGUGACAUGGCCUUUGUGACGAGCGGCGAACUGGUUCGCCAUCGUCGCUACAAGCAUACACACGAGAAACCCUUCAAAUGUUCCAUGUGCGACUACUGCAGUGUGGAGGUCAGUAAGCUGAAGCGUCACAUUCGCUCUCACACUGGUGAGCGACCCUUCCAGUGCAGCCUGUGCAGCUACGCCAGCAGAGACACGUACAAGCUGAAGAGACACAUGAGGACACACUCAGGAGAGAAACCAUACGAGUGCUACAUAUGCCACGCCCGCUUCACCCAGAGCGGCACCAUGAAGAUGCACAUUCUGCAGAAGCACACAGAGAAUGUGGCCAAAUUCCACUGUCCACACUGCGACACCGUCAUCGCACGCAAAAGCGAUUUAGGUGUCCAUCUACGUAAGCAGCACUCAUUUAUUGAGACAGGAAAGAAGUGCCGUUACUGUGAUGCCGUUUUCCACGAGCGUUACGCUCUGAUUCAGCACCAGAAGUCCCACAAGAACGAGAAGCGGUUCAAGUGUGACAUGUGCGACUACUGUUGCCGGCAGGAGCGCCACAUGGUGAUGCACCGCCGAACACACACCGGAGAGAAACCGUACGCCUGCAGUCAGUGCGAGAAGACAUUCAGACAGAAGCAGCUGCUGGACAUGCACUUCAGGCGCUACCAUGACCCCAACUUUGUCCCCACAGCGUUUCUCUGCCCGAAAUGUAACAAGACCUUCACCCGCAGGAACACGAUGGCUCGCCACGCUGAGAACUGCAGCGGUGAAAUGGACGACAUGGAAAAUAAUACUCCGACACCGCGGAGAGGGAGGAGAGGAAGGAAGAGGAAGAUGAGGAGCAGGAGAGAUGGAGACAGCGACGAGGACCAAACCAUCCUGGAUGAGGAAGAGGAUGAUGAAGGUGAAGUCGAAGACGAAACAGCACUGUUGCAGGAAGAGGAGGAGCCAGAACUUAUGGAGCUGGACCAGGCCCCCGCUGCCACCCCGUUACCGGCUCCCGAUGAGCCACCUGUCAAGAGAAAACGAGGACGGCCUCCAAAGAAUCCCCCCAAACCGCCAGCACCCGCCACAUCUGUCACAGAGGCUGCCAUGACGACAUCAGCUGUUGCCAUCAUCCAGGUGGAGGACGAGAGCACCGGCGUGGUGGAGAACAUCAUCGUGAAAAAAGAGGAAGGGGACACGCCCGCAGUGGGUCGUCUAGACCAGGGUGUGACCGUGGAGGGGGCGGGGCAAGAUGGCGAGCAGGUGGAGACUGUUGAGCUGGUGGAGAACGAGCACACAGUGGUGGCUGCUGCUAACGGUGAUCUGACGCCUGAAAUGAUUCUGAGCAUGAUGGAUCGAUGAAGGCCGCGAAGCCGGACUCUUGAUUUGGUCGCAUCCACACGUCCUGAUGUUUCACUCGCGCGCUUUAACAGACGCCUGACGCUACGUGUAAAUACAGUAAAUUCUCACGCGUGUACAUGAGCCCGUCUGCUGCUGCUGCUGCUGUUUGUGGGUCACGGACACCUUUUAGCUUCUUUACCACGUCAUGGCACCAUCGAAUCCUCGCUAACGACAGACUUUGCUGCAGAGUGCUUCGGGUUCGGUUUGAAUGCAUCAUGGUGUGGUUUCGGUUCAGCGUUUCUCCUCAGAGUCACUUCCUCUGUCACUCGACCCACACGGAAACUCUCCUGUGCGACUCUUCUGCCUCGGGGAGACUUUAAUCGCUGUGUUUGACUUUCUGCGCUUCCUCUUGUCAUUCAUGAUUUUUAAACUAUGAAAUUCUCAACAACAUGUCUGUAUGUAUCUGUAAUUUUUUCUUUAAGUUUUUUUUUGUUUGUUUUUUUCUCAAACACUCUGGUUGCUUCUCUACAUCCUACAGUUGGAGUUGUGGUGACUUUGGAUGGUGGUUUGUCCUUUUAGACUGAAGAGUCAACAAAAGAAUGUUUAAAAAAUGGACAAACUGAAAUUAACAAUGAAUCACUGAAGAUGUCGUAAAUAAUGACAAAA